AUGCGUUUUCUAGUUUUCCUAUUUGGACUGCCCAAGUGCACAGCAAGGAACACAGCGGUGAAGCGCUUUGUGGGGAAGACCACAGAGGUUGAGGGCGUGGAGCAUAAGGAGCUCACGCAUUUAGAGCUCAUGGACACCCAGGACAGCUCCAAAGAUGACCUGGUUCCCAUGGAGGCGGCCUUCAUUGCCAUUGGCCACGACCCCAACACCCGGCUCUUCCGGGGACAGGUGGACAUGGACGAGACCGGCUAUCUCCAGGUGACCGGCAGCCGGACCUCGGUGCCGGGCUUCUUCGCCGCCGGCGAUGUGGCGGACCAUGUCUACCGACAGGCCAUCACGAGCGCGGGCUCGGGCGCCAUGGCGGCGCUCGAUGCGGAGAAGUACCUGGAUGAGAAUCCGGUGGAGGAAGACACUUGCGUGAAGCAGGAAGACUUCCAGACUUGGUCGCUCAAGGAUCUUCGCGAACAGGUGAAGUUAUUGGGUGUGAACUGCGUGGCGUGCCGAGAGAAGCAAGACUUCAUUGCCUCCCUCCAGGUCAAUCAGUUAGAUCUCCAGGUCAAUCAGCUAGUCGCCACGCUUCCCGUCGCCGCGGUAGCGUCGCAUCUGGAGACUGCCUGCGCGAGGGACGUUCACAUGGCGGCAGUUCCCAUAAAUCAGCUUGCACGGAACAAGGGCGUGAAAUACACGUGCGAGAUCACUGGAAGCCCGGCCACCUUGGUUUGCUCUGAGUGUCCAGUCUACUUUGCCACCUAUGACGACAUCGUGGUGCUCCGGGCGCCGCCGAAGAUGAUCGGCUCGGAGGAUGAGCGGAAGCGCCGGACCGAGGAGCUGAUGGGCAUCAGGAAGGAACUCUUGGAGCUCUGCACCGAAACCGCCCAGAAGUUCCUGGUGCAGGGCAAGUAUGACCUCGCGGUCCCGGGAGCUUUGCAAAGCUUGAAGUUCGCCAUUGAUGUCUUCGGCGCCGAGGCUUCAGAGCUGGUGCCCUCCUAUUUGCUCUUAGCAGAGGCGAACCUUGGACUUCGACGCUUAAAGAUUGCGGAGGAGUUCCUAUCCUUAGCCAACUGGAACAUCUUGAAGCACCCACAGGCGAGCAGCUCGAUGAUGUCGAACCUGCAGCGGAACUUCGGGCGUCUCUACGCCGCGCAGCAGCGCUACAACGAGGCAUUGCAAGCCUUCGCCACCGAUAUCUACUAUUCCUCCAUGGAGUUUGGACCAGAAAAUAUUCGAUCAGCUCCAUCCUACUUCCACAUGGGCCGCGUCUUUCAGAGCCAUCAAAAGGCGGAACGCGCCGUGGCCUUCUAUACCAAGGCGGCCGGCAACACGUACGUCAGUAUCGUGUGCUUGGGAGCAUCCAGAAAAGAACACCGCCUGAACUCGAAUCCGGCGGUCUACUCGUGCGGUGAAUUUGGAGGUCUUGCAAUCCACACGUCGACUGUGUCUCAAAACUUCUUCAAUCUCCACACCCUGGUCGCAUGA